AUACCUCGGUGAUUGAUGACUAACGGGGGGACUGCUAUACUAAUCCAAUGUAUUAUGAAAAUAUACAGGGAUUAGAUGUGGAGUUCCUGAACUGGAGGGACUAACCCAUCAGUUCCUUAAAAGUUAAAAACCUAGUACCAAGUUAUGACAUGUUAUUCGAAUAUUUGAUAGGCAGAAGAAAUAACGGUGCUGUACGGUGCCCCUCCCUGGCUGCCAGAGACAAACUCUCCAGUUAUUCUAGAGAGAAGGAGCUCGAUCGUGAGUCAUCGUCUGCUUUGUGGAGCUAGAUAUAUUCAGGGUUUUCUCUUAUUCUUACUGUCGGUGGAAAGCGAUAAAUAAAACGGCAGAUAAAAAGGCUUGCAAGCCAUUUUGACAUACUGCUUCAACAGCUCUGGACUGGUGUGAUAAAAUGUUGGCUGCAACUCUGCGAUCUCGGUCUCUUCAUCUCUCAUCUUCACUCCUGAAUCAUCCAUGGAAACCUGUGUUGUCAGGUUCCGGUCAUACUUUCUCUUCAUCAGCUGUUGAAUCCAACAGUGACAGAAGCAUACUGGACCUAAACGAGAUAGAGAAGGUUCUCACUGAUGUGAGAGCAGAUGACGUGAAAGUUAUACCAGCUAAAAAGCACGCUGAAUGGGCUGAUUAUAUGGUCAUUGCCACUGGCAGGUCCACAUGGCAUGUCAAAAACAUUGCUCAAGCCCUUAUUUACAAGGCUAAGCAAAAGCAAAAGGGGGCUCAGCGAAUGACCCUCCCCAGUGUGGAAGGGCAAGAGGGAGGAAAGUGGAUUGUUAUUGACUCUGGCAAGGUGAUAGUUCAUGCUCUUGACGAGAAAGCUCGAGCGUACUACAAUUUGGAAAGUCUUUGGACCUCAGAUGCAUCUAAAGAGGAACCAGAUCAGGACUUGGAUAAAGCUUUUAUCAAGAUUCGUCCCAAGAGAAACAAUUCUAAAAGACCAGCAAAUAGAGGUGCCUGAAGCAUCAAUAGUUGUGACAUGAGCAGCUGCUGCCAUUGUUGCCGAUAUAGUUUUCUCGUGCAAGUUUUUUCCUCAAUCAAUAUGUACGUGUAAACUGUAUAUUGUUCUCUUAUGAAUGAUUUUCUGCAGUUUUCUUCAGAAUUGUCUAUAUUGUCACAUCAUUUGCUUGGAA